UAUCGAAAGUAUCGAUGCACUAUCGAUACACGCUGCCCAGCCGGUGUCCAGCGGGUGAUUAGCAACACUGUGAAUGUGAAGCUCUCUGAAAAAGUUUUUCUGGUGAAAAUUGUUCGAUUUCGGCAAAAAAAAAAAACAUGGACGAGGCUAAGGGAGAUAAAAAUAUGCGCUUUCUAUCGCUGAACAUCAAAGACUGCCUCGGCUGCAGCGAUGUGAGCGUGUCGUUCCCCCAAUCGAACAGCGUGCACGUGCUGCUGUACAAGCCGAUGGGGCAGGAGCAGGCCCGCGACACCGUCAAUGUGGCCGUGACGCCUGUGGCACAGGCAAUACAGCUGCUGUGCACUCGGACCUUUCCGGACGCCGAGAGCUUGGAGCGGCUGCCGCUGCUGGAGGUGGGACGCGGCAGCGUUUCCCUGCGCUUUCAGGUGUUGCAGCCCGCACCCUCGAAGGAGGACAGCGACAGCGACUUGGACCUGGAGCCGUCCACAUCGGCGCAGGCAAGAGUGCGUCUCGAGGAGCGGAAGAAACGCCACGAGGCGGCACGUAAUCGCAAGAAAAUCUUCGUAGUCGAAAAGGAGGUGAUGGUCGAGCGGCGAUUCGACGAUCCCCAGAGCCUGGACUGGGUCACCUUUACGGUGAACGGUGGCGAGAUCCUCAAAUGGCAGCUGGACGAGUUCCACGCUCAGUUCUUCGAAGAUCCCCAGUACUCGUCCAUCCAUCUGUGGGAUCUGCAGCACAAGUGCGCCGGCAAUUGGCUGCAGAUCAUCCGGGCGGACGGCAAUGGCUACAAAAACUUUCAGACCCCGGGCAAUCCUUUUGAGAUCUUUGCCAAGCUCUUCGUUCGCAAGGAGCUGGAUGAGGAGGAUUUGGUGUGCAAAUUGGCCGAAUCCUGUAUUACCGUCAACGAGGCCGUACUCCGCUCGGAGCGUCAGUUCGUGAUGCAGGUGUUCAACCAUGUGCGCGUCAUAUUCGAGUACAUCACCAUGAAGCAGUAUACGGUGUGGUUCCUGGUGCCCGGCGCCCAGGGCCCUCAAAGUCUGACAGAAGAGGAUCUCGACUUCGAUUUGCGUACUGUGCACACUUCCAUCCGUAUUGCUGGCGACAACAGGAACAUCUUCUGGAGCCAUAUCCGAUCACAAUGUCCAGAACUUGCUGAUGGUCUCCUUCCAGUUGGCCCUGAGCAGCAUUGCCAAGCAAUCGGUGCUGAUUAUCAGCCAUUUGGAUAAGAUAGCUGAUUUCGUGACCUGGCAGUUUAUCACGGCUUCCUACAUGAACGACAUCUAUGCCCGUGGACCCACAGAUUCG